CUCAUUGUAUUCAGGCGUAUGAUCAGUGAGUGAUGAUGCUGCGUUGUGAGCGUAAUUCUGUCUUCUGAUUGGCUAUCCUAAUUAUCUUCACACGCGCGCUGACAGCCAGAGAGAGCAACCCAUCUUGUCACGCGCCUGUGAACCACCAGCUCCCGCCAAACGCCUUCUGUCACAAUCUGCUUCAGUUACAGUAUGUAUAUGAAAACAUGGAGCUGUCAAGGGGCGAAGAUUCUUCAGAUGAUCGGAAGAGGUCAGGUAAGGCACAUGGCCGAUGUAAAGGGGCUGAAGAGCACAAAUCUCAAAUCACCACGAAUAAUGGAUUUGUGAAUACACACAGUACUGAUGAAAGCCCAUCCUCCCUGCCUGUGCCAGACACUCUGGACAUACUGUCUCCAGGGGUUAGUGACACACUCUCAGAAGGUCACAGACGGCUCCGUAGCUCUUUUAGAAGAAGCAGAACCCAUGACUGUGUGAGAGGAACGGGACAGCAGCAAGCUGAGAGCCCUGGAUACAAAGAUGGGACUAACUGGCGCCAUCACCAUAAGCUGGUGACCAGUGUCAGCUUUUCAGGGUUCGAGGCUCCUCUAAGGUUGAUUCGUGAGAAUCGGGAAGCAUCUGGCAGCAGUCGUGAAAUCAUUGAUUACCGUAACCUAACACCUCAAGUGCCCUUUGUGCCCUGCAUAGCAAAAUCCAUUCCUAAAAAGAGGAUCUCCCUGAGGAAACCUAGGAAGGCCAUUAAGGACUUGUUUGUUCACAAAAGACACAAACACGAGAAAGCUAUGUCACCAAGUACACCAUGUCGUGUUAUAGGUGAAAAUGUUCCAUCAUUGAAACAGACGAGGAAGGCGGUAAGGCACAGAGAACGUACCACUGCAGGAAGCAGAUUUAAUGACGAACUCAGUGAGACUCCCUCUGAUUCUUCCAGUGAAUGCUGUCCAAAUGUCUGUGAAGAUGCUGCUUCAUUAAAAAGCUUUGGAUCUCAGGCUGGUUGUGGUGAGAUAUUUGCUGAUGAUCUUGUAUCACCUGAGGGGGUUCUUAGCCCAGAGCGUGAACCUCCAAAGCAAAGCCCUACUACUGCAGGUUUCCAGGGAGGUAAGGAAUGUCUGGCCUCUCCAGCUCACGCUGAGGUCCUGGACAUGUUUGGGUUGUGGGAAACCCUAAACAGAACUUUGCUAUUAGGGCAAAGUUCAAAAGCACCAGGACAUGCAACAAAAUCCACAACACCUAUCACAAAAUCUCCUUCCACAGCCAAGUCUGAAGAUGUAACGGCAAAUACGCCACGACCUGUAGAGUCCGAAAUCAGGGAAUUUAAUACUGAUGUGAUAACACCCAAAAGUGACAACCAAGGGAACACCAGUGAUGAGGGCUACUGUGAUUAUGUUUCUCCUGGUUUUGAGGACCAAAGCAGAAGUUCCCUCACUCCAGUGCAUUCCAGUAAGUUCCCUAGGGACACAUACAGUGGAGAUGCUCUUUAUGAGCUAUUCUGUGACCCCAGCGAGGCAGAGAUGGAUGAUGAGCUCAAUCUAACAGACAGCAUUGUUGGCCAGUGCAGUGAUCUUCCAUUGUCCAUGUACAGCUUCCAUGUUGGAGCAGAGGAGAAUCUUGCCCCGUCUUUGGCUCAGGACUUUGUUGGUCAAGAGCUUCUGCAAAGUAAAUGGAUGGGGAAGGAUUGCUUACUAAAGCUUUGUGACACUGAGAUAUCUAUGGCUAUGGGUAUAGUUAACUGGCUAAAGCAUAGGACAGACAAAAACAACCCCACAGAAUUGAGAUCUUCAAAAAUGAACAGUGAAGAUACAAGAGAUGUAGGUCUGAGAUGCGAAACCCAGUCAGCAAGGGUUAGAAAACCAACAAAAGGAGCAAGAACUGUUAACGGUAGAGGAGACACUGUUCAUUUCAAAGAGUCAAUUCAAAAAAGUGUUGGUGUUCUGCCCUCAAAAUAUGAUGCAAAUACAGUGAUGUCAACCUUGCCCUCUCCAGAGAGCCAGCCUAGGACCCCAAUGAGUGGUGUGUGUUUCAGGAUAUUCAAUAUUGACUCCCCUACGACUCCAGGUGGAGAUUUGCAGUCCCCAGUGGUAAGCUCCCCUGGAUCUGGGACAAGGUCUUUGUUUGUGUUGGCCAUAAACAAGGAUUCUCUUUGUGAAUCUUGCAAGAAUUCCCUGAAAAAUGGAGCUAAAGAAAUGCACCUGUGCCGUUCUUGUAUGUCCCUCAUUGAGCAUAUCAAGACUUCAGACCUUUGGGCUCAUGCCAGUCUUCCUAGAGCCACUCCAACUCCACAGCCAAUAACCAGAGACCUACUUUCUCCAGCCAGUACUUGCGGGAUAAAAAGUGACAUCAGUAUAGCUUCGCUUGUUGAGCAGUGUGCUGGUCAACUGUCUUUUAUGAAAAUCAAUUUAACUCAAGCUCACUCAAGCUGUGAGAUAAGAGAUACCCUUGUGCUUGAGCAAAGGGCAAAAAGAAACAAAGAACAGUCUGAAAAAUACAUAAAAUCAAAGCAAAAGAAAAGGCCAGUGGCAACUACUGAGAGAGGCUUACAGGCUAGACAUCGCAUGAGGAGGUCCAGCUUUUCUGAAGAUGUGAAACCUAACCUUUUAGAGACUGAGGGACUUGUCACUACCAAUGCUUCCAAUGAUUUGGUGUUGGGAACUCAUGGCCCAUUCGAUGUUGGAUCUGGUGAUGCAGACGUAUCUCAAGCUACCAGGCCUACAUCUCUUCCUCUCAUGUCUUCUGCCUCUUCAGAGGACUACCGUGAUAAGGUGGAAGAGGGAAACCCUUCCAAAAAGAAGAAUAGAUUACGGCAUCACAGGAAGUCUGUUGUGAAUAGUGAGGGAUCAUGCAGUGUUUUUCCAGGGGAUAGGAAAGUAGAACGCAGAUGCCGAAUGAAGAAGUGAAACAGUUUGUUUUUACAGAUCCUGAAUUUGUGGAUCCUGACUGUCCUAAACUCAUUUAUUUCAUCCAGUACCUCAGUCCUUCGGUCAGCUGACCUCUCGACCAGCUGUCAAAGUCUCUACCUUUCGUCUGCAAGAAAUCUGACAUGUUUGCUCAUUUUACUGUCAACUCAGCAUGCUACGCUGUCAGCCUGGAGCAACAACAGGUCUGUUGAUCUGUUUGUUUGAAAAGUGUCAUUUGUCUGAAACCUGUCAUAUCAGUGUUUUUUCUCUCCAUAGUGUUUCUGCAAUCACUGCUAUUUUUUAUUGCAAGUUUAUUGCUGGAGUUUUCAAACCAAGGAUCAGUGACAGUACAUACUAGUGCAAUAACUACAGUAACACUUUAUUAAUGUCCAAUGGACUGUUAUGGAAUUUGACAUUGUGGGAAGUUAUACUUUAGCUUGUUUUUGUGUAUCGAAACAAUCUGACAAGCUUUUUGAAAAGCUCUAUUCUGGAGUUCUGACAAACAGCCAGUUUCUUGAAAGGAUUGGGGCAGCUGGAGAUGUAGCAAUGGAAUCAACUUUGCAUUUUCAUUUGUCCAAUUAAAGUUCAAAACAGAGACGGUUAAUUGUGUAUCAGUGAAUAAAUGAGGUAAAGUAGCCCUUUGAAAGAACGCCUCUGAUCUGGCUGAUGUGACCAGAAUUGAUGAGAGCCCCCCAAAAAGGGUCCAUUCAUACAUAUAGUAGGCCUCUUCACAAAGCAGGCAGGUGGCACUUUUACUUGUCGUCUUUGUCCAUUUUGGAAUGUCAUUUUGCCAAUUCUGUCCCUUUUUCACUUGGUAAAUACUUCAACUCAACCUAGACUGCAAUAGUCCAGCUAGGGUUGUUAUUGAACAGAAUUCCCAACCCAUGGUGUGACUAUUAAUCUAUACAUGUCUUCACAUCUAUCUUUCAGCUGACAGUUAACUGCUUAAAAAUAGACGUCUGUACAUCUAUAUUUUGAACUUAACUUCGAGUCAUUUAUAUAUACGGUCUUAAUGGUUAUGUAUGUAUAUAUGAAUUAGGGGUGGGAUAUAUACCGGUAGACACUAAUAACCUGUAGAAAUGUGUCAAUCGGUACAGAUAUUGGACUAUCGUUUCUAUCACAGUGACGUGCUCAUGUGAUGUUGCUGUACUACAUGGUCAUGAAAACUUACUGUUUGCACGCAUUGCAGUUUAAAACAAGUGAUAUUAAGCAAGAGCACGUGAAGAUGAUGCUCAAAGUAAGUAUUGAAUGGAGUUAUUUUUGAUAUUUAUAGGCCUGGAACAGUUAAAUACACACACUGGUAUAUAUCAAAAUGCCGUCUUUGCAAGUGUCCUGAUAAACACUGUAAUUUAAGUCUUAAGUGAAAAGCAAACAGCUGAAAAAGAAAGCACAUGUGUAACAUUAUAUUGGAUCCGGGCAGCUCUUAAAGUGACAGCAGUCUAAUA